AUGGGUUCCAUGCCUCGUCUCGGCGCCCUCGGGCACGCCUUCACGGCCAGCCGCGCCAUGCAAUUCAUCUCCCUCGUCGGCAUCAUUGGCAUGACGGCCGAUUUCAUCGCCGAGAUUGUCGGCGCAGAGGCCAAGCCUCCCGAUGUCCUCAUCGGCACCCUGGUGGUCGCCGUCAUCGCCGCCCUGUACGUCGUCAUCUCGUACAUCCUCUACUGGGACGCCAUGCUCCCCCUCCUCAUCGCCACCGCCGCCGACGCCGCCCUCCUCGUCGCCGUCAUCGUCGUCGCCGUCGUCAUGGGCAAGCCCCUCUCCUACCUGACCUGCAGCGACCUCCCGCGAAGGGACGGCGGCCUGCCCUCCUUCAUCGCCUCCGUGGGCGAGAACAUCCUGAGCACCACCGACAGGAGCGGCAUCGUCCGGUACUACGUCUGGGUCGGCGCCGCCCGCCAGACGUGCUACGCCAUCAAGGCCGUCUGGGGUCUCUCCAUCGCCCUGUGCAUUCUGUUUGCCGUGUCGUCCAUCACGUCCGCCUGUCUCUGGCGGCGCCUGAAGAUGGGUCCCGUCCCCGGAAAGGAUGUGGAGGGACAAUGA